AUGAUUCCAUCGUGGCCCAACCCAUCUAAGCCAAGUGUAAUCCAAACACCAGAGACAAUCUAUAGCCAGAGAAAAAUCAACCCCAUAGUACCAGGAAACCAAACACAAUUCACUGAAUUCAUUCUUCUGCGAUUUUCUGAGAAGCCAGAGCAGCAAGGGCCUCUCUUUGGGCUGUUCUUGGGCAUAUACUUGGUCACAGUGGUUGGAAACCUGCUCAUAAUGUUGGCCAUUGGAUCUGACUCUCAUCUCCACACCCCCAUGUACUUCUUCCUUUCCAACUUAUCCUUUGUGGAUCUCUGUGUAAUAUCUACCACAGUUCCCAAUAUGUUGAUGAGCAUCUUGACCCAAAACAAAACCAUUUCUUAUGCUAACUGUCUUGUUCAGAUGUACUUCUUUAUGGUUUUUGUUGGUUUGGACAAUUUCCUCCUCACUGCAAUGGCCUAUGACCGUUUUGUGGCUAUCUGUCAUCCUUUACGCUAUACAGCCAUCAUGAACCCUAGGUUGUGUGGCUUGCUGGUGUUGCUUUCCUGGAUAAUAAGCUUUCUAAAUGCCCUUCUUCACAGUCUGAUGGUAACAAGGCUUAUGGGACCAGAAAACCAAACAUAUGUUUCAGAAUUCCUCCUCCUGGGACUUUCUGAGAAGCCAGAGCAGCAGCUUCCCCUUUUUGGGCUCUUCCUAAGCAUAUAUGUGGUCACUGUGGUAGGGAACCUUCUCAUCAUGCUGGCCAUUGGUUCUGACUCCCACCUGCACACUCCAAUGUACUUCUUCCUCUCUAACUUAUCCUUUGUUGAUUUUUGUUUGGUAUCCACUACAGUCCCAAAGAUGCUGGUGAACAUCAUAACACACAGUAAAGUCAUCUUCUAUGCUGAAUGCCUUGCCCAAAUGUAUUUCUUCAUGGUUUUUGCUUUUUUAGACAAUUUUCUCCUCACUGUGAUGGCCUAUGAUCGUUUUGUGGCUAUCUGUCACCCCCUGCACUAUGUCACCAUAAUGAGUCCAAGGAUUUGUGGUAGGCUGGUUUUAAUCUCAUGGAUCUCUGUUGUUUCAUUAUUCUAUGGCACAGGGCUUGGAGUAUAUCUGAGUUCCUCAGCUAACCACUCCUUCUGGAAGACCUCAGUUGCCUCUGUGAUGUAUUCUGUGGUCACUCCUAUGUUGAACCCCUUUAUCUACAGCAUGAGGAACAAGGAUAUAAAAGAUGCCAUCAGGAGACUAAUUAACAAAAUGCCCCACUAUCAUUGA